UUUUCUUUACUGAUUUGGCUUCGCCUAUGGAAGCUUGUUAUUCUCAUAUUGAUAUUAUCACCGCGAGCUUCUACACAACAAUUUUUUUUGGUCCAUCUCAGCGGCAUCUUUCGCGAAUCUCAUGUCGACAUCAGUUUCAGACUCUGAUCAGUCCACUUCUGCAGCAUCGGAAAGCAGCUGGCAAAAGCGCAAUUGCCCGGCCGAUGUAGAGACCCUCGGUAACGCUGCGUGGACACUAUUACAUACAGCGGCGGCAUAUUACCCGGAUCGUCCUGCUCCAUCCCAAAUGGAGAGCAUGAGAACAUUUAUUACUACAUUUGCAGACAAUUAUCCUUGUUGGUAUUGCAAGGAUGACUUUAAAAAGGCGAUGGAGAAGGAGCCUGUUCGUGUAGGCAGUCGUAAAAAGUUAAGUGAAUGGUUGUGUCGACGACACAACGAAGUCAAUGAAAAGCUUGGAAAGCCGGCCUUUGACUGCACUCAAGUUUUCAAAAAGUGGGUGGAGAAUCCCGAAUGCAACGAUUCCUAAAUGGGGGAUUUCCCCUCACAUAAUUUUUUUUUUCCCCUGUAAGCCUACCCGUUAAUACAUCUGCAUUGCAUCACCAUUCAUCGCAUUGGAAUUAUAGAAAAUACA